AAGAAAAUGAACCCUUAAAAUUGGGAAGAAAUGAUUACGAGGUCCCAAUUUUUGCUUGACCAUCCGGUUUCCAUUAGAAAAUCCAAAUCUCCUUCCUCUUUUCACCCUUUCCCAUUCCCAUCAUCUCCCAAAUUUCUUGUAAAAGUCUAUAAUUUCUUCAAUAAGGGCGACUGGUUUAAUUUGAAUGAAAAUAGAUAUCGUCGGAUGCAAUUUCGGAUGGAUUAAUGCCUAAUACCAAAACUCAUAACGUUGAUUCGUAAAACAAAUUCGAAAAUGAACAGACUUGAUUCGAAGGAAAACUAUGCCGAUUUUAAAAACCACCAUGAUUCCAAAAUCAAUGUUGAUCCACAUCCUCCGGGAGAUGGUGGCGGUGAUAAUCUGCCACCUGUUCCUGCAGGUUCUGAACAGCCGGAGAGACAACCAUCUCAUAAUGGCAACAAGGUUUACAAGAGUGGCCCGUUAUUUUUGUCAUCAAAAGGGAUUGGCUGGACUUCUUGGAAGAAAAGGUGGUUUAUAUUAACCGAAACAUCAUUGGUCUUCUUCCGAAGUGAUCCAAAUGCAUCACCUCAAAAGGCGGGGGAUUCGAAUCUGACCCUUGGUGGCAUAGACCUCAACAGUUCAGGCAGUGUUGUUUUGAAAGCAGACAAGAAACUAUUGACAGUGCUAUUCCCUGAUGGUGGUGAUGGAAGAGCUUUUACUCUCAAGGCCGAAACUUCCGAGGAUUUAUUUGAGUGGAAAGAUGCAUUGGAAGCAGCUUUGUCUAAUGCACCUAGUGCAGGGAUAGAGCAAGGACAAAAUGGGACACCAAAAAAUGAAAAGGGUGAUACCCAUGAUGGUUCUCAGGAACAGUCAAAAGACGAAAAAACAAAAUCAAUCGUACUAGGUCGACCCAUCUUACUUGCAUUGGAAGAUAUAGAUGGAACUCCAUCUUUCUUAGAGAAAGCACUUUGUUACGUAGAAGACUUUGGUGUCAAUGUAGAAGGAAUCUUGCGACAAGCUGCAGAUGUUGAUGAUGUUGAGCAUCGCAUUCGAGAAUAUGAACAAGGAAAAAUGGAGUUUACUGCAGAUGAGGAUGGACAUGUUAUAGGCGAUUGUAUAAAGUAUGUACUCCGUGAGAUGCCAUCACCACCAGUCCCGGCAUCUUGCUGUGCUGCUUUAUUAGAAGCAUAUCGAACUGAUCGAGCCACUAAAGUCGGUGCCAUUCGUGCAGCCAUUUGUGACACAUUCCCAGAACCAAAUCGUCGGUUAUUACAAAGGAUAUUGAUAAUGAUGGAAGCUGUUGCUGAAAACAAGACGGUGAACCGAAUGAGUGUUUCGGCAGUUGCCGCCUGUAUGUCACCAUUACUUCUUCGACCGCUUUUGGCCGGUGAAGUUGACCUCGGAAAGGGACCGGACAUGGGCGGCGAUGGGUCUGUUCAACUUCUACAGGCGGCUGCAGCCGCCAAUCAUGCUCAAGCAAUUGUUAUCAUCCUCAUAGAGGAAUACGAUAAAAUAUUCGGGGAAGAAGACAUGUUAAGUGAUCUAUACUCGGAUUCAGAUGAAUAUGGAAGUGAGAGUGAAGAGGUUAGUGAUGAGUAUUAUGAAGAGGAUGAAGAUGAUGAGGAUGUGGAUGUUGAAAAUAGAUCCGAGCGUUCUUGUUCAUAUGAAGAUUCCGAGAGUGUUAGUUAUAGUGAGAGUGGAGAUGAUGAUCACAGCAAGGGUUCUGGUAGCUCAAAUUCUGUUUCCAAUGAAGCUACUGAUGAUGUAGAAGAUAGUCUUUUAGAGGAUGAAGAGUUCAUUAUCAAGAAACCCAAACGAACUAACAUAAAGAAGGGAUCACCCUUGGAAAGCAUUGAUUUAGUAACCGAACAACAAGCUGAAAUUUUGAGGCUUGAGGCUGCCAAAAUUAAAUUGAAAGAGAGAAUUGAAGCAGAGGCCAAAAGAAAUACAGUUUUGAAAGAAGAUUUGGUGAAAAAGAAGAAUUCUUUAGAGGCGCGCCGUGUCUCUUUAGCAGAAGGGGUGUCAAGAUUAGAGGAAGAGUUGCAGAAGGAGAAAGCGUCACAAGGAGCUAUACAAUCUUCUGUUGAUACAAAUGCAGAUCCAGACGAUACCCAUCAGGUAGUGGCUGAUGAUUCUGGAUUACAAAAUCAACCUCGAGAACAAAGGUCUGGUUCCCAACCACUUUCUCCUGAUCUUGGAAAAGUAAAAGAUAAAGAGAAGGAUCGUUUAUCUAAAACUACUUCCCAUAGGAGGAAGGAGACACAUUCUAGCAAGGAACACGUUGAUAAAAAUCCAUUUCAUUCAUUUUCAAGUAAGCAUCCUGAACGGAGUAUAAGCAAGUGUACAAGCUCCAGAAGGCCCCCUUCAAAAGCCGAGGCAGCUAAUACAACUUCAGCUUUGUCCAAAAUAACAAACCGACUCAAUUUUCUGAAAGAAAAACGAACACAAAUAGCUGAUGAUCUGCAGAAUGUGGACAAAGAUUGUAAAACUCAUAAACAGCAGCAUAAAGGGAGUAAAAAAUGGUCAGAAUCUCCUCCAAUACCUGAUGAAUCUCACAUACAAUCAUCAGAUAAAGGAAAAGAAAGCUCUUUUCAACAAAAGGAAACUUCUAUGGAUAAAGGAAGAUCUGAAGAUCAAUCAACACACUCCAGAUGAUCCCAUGGAAGUUUUUUUUUUCUUGAUUUUUUUGGGGUAAAACGAUUACUGUGUUGAUAUGUAUUAGAUGGGUUUUGUAAGCAAAAGUUUAUUAAAAGACUGCUAAUUUAAGUGAUUAAGGAUAUGAAUGAAGCUCUGUACAACUCACAUGAAAGGAAACAUGAAGUCUGGAGAAGUUUGAUUGACUGUUUUUGAUCGGCUUUUGUGAUUAAGGAUAUGAAUGAAGAUCUGUAAAUGCAAC